ACGAACUUUAGUAGUGUAUAACCGUCAGCUUACAGCGUUUUGGAAGCACAGAUUUUGUUUGUAAAUACGAAAAAUGUAAUCCAGAAUGACAUCAGGGUCAACAAAAGAAAAACAAUCAGACCCUGAAGUGGUCGAGAAAAUAAUAUAUGAACUGAAAUCCAAGGGAUAUUUUGACCAGUUCAGAAAGGAAUUCGUUGCUGACGCCGACACAAAGCCAGCCUACCAAAACCUCCAACAGCGUGUUGAGUCCUAUGUGGACAGAUUUUUAAGUCAGCAGAAAUGGAGCCAAAACCUAAACAAAAACCAGCUGAGAGAAAAUCUCAGAAGACAAAUAAACCAAACUGGAAUGCUAAACAAAGGAGUGGAGCGUAUUGUAGAACAAAUCGUCAACCCCAAGAUUAUGCAGUUAAUCAAGCCGAAGACGGACGAGGUGACGUGCGACGUGCUGGGUAUAAGCCUCACUGAGCACAAGAAUGCGCUGAAGAGGAAGCAGCAAGAACAGCAUGAGAAGCUUAUGAAGUCUCCUGACACCCCUGUGCAGCUCAUGAACAUCAACUUUAACUCUCCCCCUCCCACAGGCAACAUGUUCCCCAGCACCAGCUCUCCAGCCUUGAUGGGUCAGUUCAUGCCCCCGACCAGCCUCUCCUUAGGCCAGUUCAAUCCAGGCAGCAUCCUGGGACCCGGGCCUUCCCAGACCGGCGCCCAGUACUCUGGUGGCCUCCAAUUCCAGGGCAUCAGCCAACAGAACUUCCCUUUCCUUCCACAGGGCUGGAAUGCAUCGAUCAGUGCAGGAUUCCCGCCCAUGUUUGUCCAAGGACAGAUUGGUAACCCCUUCCAAGGGUUCUCCAUUCCACCACCAGGGACCGGUAUCACGGUUCCCCCUCCGGCAGCUGCAGGGAUCAUGCACAUGAUUCCACCCACCACUGCCGCCAUCAUUGCACAGGCCUUGAGUAACUCCAAGCAGUCGCCUAGUAAAGGACUGAAUGCUUUGUUAGGUUUGCCCACCCCUUCUGCAGUUGAGCCUCCCCCGCCAGGUGUUUUCAUAUCGUCGGACGGUUCCCCUCGAUCCCGCAGUCGCCCCCCAGCCCCUUAUGAUGACAGCAGGGAUGAGAGGAGCAGUGAUGGGAACCUCUCCAGUCAUGAGAAGGAGCUUGAUUUGGAGGAUAUGAAGGUGGUUGAUGAGUACGUAGCUGAGGGGGAGUUCCCUGUUGAGGACAUUCCGAUGCCUGACGCAGAGACUGAGGAGGCAGAGAAAGCUGUUAAUGAGCAGAUACAGAAGGCAUUCCAUGAGGAGAUGGCCAAAAUAUCAGACCAGACUGAAGAGUCCAUCAAGCGCCCUUACAAGUUUGCCUGGAACGAGGACAUACAGGAAGUAGAGCUGGACGAGUCUGUGGACUCUAGCGACGUGAGCUCGGUGCACACCAGUGACCUCUCACACUUCGACGACAGUGAGGCCAGUGAAGGGGACAGCGACCUGGAGGAGCUGCAGCACAGGCUACUGCAGCUGCAGAGGCAGAAGGCUGAACAGGCCUCAGAGGCCAAAGACAAGCAGGCAAAUAAGUAUAGCGAGCGAGAGACGUCUGCAGAAGUUCCAGUCCUCACUCCCACUAGUGAUGCAGUUCCCACCCCUGAACCCAGCCCUGUGAAAGCCACCCCACCUGUCACAUCCCCAGGGGUGGGGCAUGUGGAGGAGGGAGGGGCCUUAACGAAAAAGCCCCGCAAACUACUGUCCCUCCAGUACAACUACAGUGAUAGUGAAGACGAGGAAACAAGAGAGGAAAGGAAAGCAAGAGUUAAGAUGAUAAAGAGGAAAAACAAAAGACACGAAAGUGCAAAAGAGAAGGAGGAGCGUUACCAAAAGAGAAUCCAGCGCAGAGCUGAGUUAGAGGCAAAGAAAAAAGAAAAAGAGGUAGAAAAAAUAAGACAAAGAUUAGAAAGAGCCAAAGAUGCUAAAGAAAAGGCAAAAAGAGCAAAGAAUGAGCUCAAUGAAAGCAAAGAAUCUAUUGACAUUUUCAAAGAAGGUGAUGUGUCAAUUGAGGAAUCAAAAUAUGAAAUAGUUGACAGUACUAAAUCAAGUAAGAAUGACGACGAUAAAGAAAUAAGUAAGGAUGAGUUUAGUGAAAGUGUCAGUGAUGUUAAAGAUGCGGUUGAGAAAGUCGACAUUGAUGCUGAAAAUGAAAAUGAAAUGGUUGUGUAUGAGGAUACAGACAUAAAACAAGAGGAAACCAGCUUGGUUAAGAAAUCAAACACUAUAGAAGCAACAAUAAAAGGAGAAAUUGUCAAGGAAAUAGAAGCAAAUACUGAUGAUACCCUAGUUACCACAGAAAGUUGUAAAGAAUCUGUCGCUGUUUCUGAAACCAAAGAUGAUGAAACAGCAAGAACCGAGGAAGAAUUUGAUAUGAAACCAAUCAGCAAUGAUUUUGAUGAGGUCAAGCCAAAAUAUGAAGUGGAUGAUAAAUCUACAGAUGAUGGCAAACCAAUACUUAGUGAAGACACUGAUGUCAGUUUAAAAGAAAAAUCUACAGACCAUGAUGACAUUGAGACUGCUACAGAAGACAGCAGGACAGAAAAUACAAGUGAUAACAAAACUGAAGAUGAAAACCCAUUGGGCUCUAUCAAACCAGACAUCGUAGAGGUCAAGACAGAAGCAAGCAUCGAGAUAACUGAAGUACCCGAACAAAACCACAGCAUUCAUUCUGAGGAGCACUCCAGCACUCCAGGCAAGUCGAGCACCCCCCUAGACACAAGUGUGGCCGACUCCAACGCAGCUCUGGACUCCAGCGUGGCUGAGUCGCACAUCACCCUUGAUGACACUAACCUGGCAGACAGCAGCUCUCCUGAGAAAAAAGAGAGAAAGCAUAAGAAAACGAAGGCGGAACUGAAGGCCGAGCUCAAGGAACAGAAGGUGAUGGAGCGAAGGAGUAGGAGGCAGAGGAGCAGAAACAAGAGGUUUAUGUCUGAUGAGUUUGAAUACAAGGAGCUGCCUAGCACCCAUCUAGGACAGAGCUAUAACGAGAUGGUGAUAGAGGAGACUGUGGAAAUGGAGAUAGAGUCAGAGACACAUGCUUACGACUACCACAAUGAGAUCCAUCUCCUGGAGAUCCCACUGCCAGAUGAGGUCGGGCCUGAAGGUCAUAACCAGGUUACCAUGGAGACACUAGACUUUACUGAGUAUGCCAACCAGGGAGAGCUUUUGACUACGGAGGAUGGACACACCUACCUGCUACACACCACAGGGGAUGCACACAUAGAGUACACUGAGGGUGAUACGUACGAAGGGGAUUCACAACUGGUUGAAGUCACGUCUGCAGACACUGCUGCUGUCACAGAGAAUGUCCGUGUCACGCGUAGUCGGAGCAAGGUUGGCGAUGAUGUUAAGAGUAACUCCAGCGAAGUCUCUGAUAAAACUGACCAAGCAGAGGGAAAGAGGAAACGGAAGCGCACUUCAAGCCAGUCUGAAGCUGUCGGCAGUGAACCAGCCUCGAAGAAACAACCACCUUCCGGCCAGGGUGAAGGGAGACAACUUCGAAGCAGUGACCCUAAAGGAGACAGGGCUGACCCCAAGACAUCCAAGAAAAGCUACAACACGGAUGACCUUUACAAGCCUCGUCACUCAUUCUCCCGCAAGUCUGUCACCAGUCCACCCCCGCUGCCUAACGAGCCACCCCCACCCCCCACGGAGCCCUCCCCACCACCACUCCCACCCCUGCCUCCACCCCCAGCCGAAGGGGACAUCAGCCUGGAAAAACUCGCCCUGCCUCAAGCCCCGGCUUCACCAAGCUUUUCUGAGGAUUCCGAGUCGUCCAGUGGAAGUGUUAUUUCUAAGGCAAUCAAGAAAAGGAAAAGUUUGUCACGAUCAAAAUCCAGGUCACCGAAGCGAAGUAAGACGUCAAGUUCGCGUUCCAAGUCACAAGAGAGCUUAUCAAGUAGGUCUAGUCGGUCUGAAAGGAGAUCCCAAUCUGGAAAUUCAAAAUCAAGCCAGUCUUCAGAAUCUAAGAAAAGAAAAUCAAGUAGAAGUAGGUCAAGGUCGCGAUCCGGAUCUCGGUCACUUUCCUCCAUCAGCAGUGAGUCAAGGUCAGGUUCAUAUAGCAGGUCAAGGUCAUAUUCCAGGUCGAGAUCACACUCAAGAUCUUCAACAGGGUCAAGGUCAGUUACUCGCUCAAGAUCAAGGUCAAUUUCUUCGAUAUCAUCGAAAAGGUCGUCUUACUCAGACGAUUCAGAAGCUGAAAGGAGGAGAAAAGCUAGACCAGUGGAGGAAGUGGAUUUUGGUGAAGCUGCCAAGAGAGCCCGUCAACUGAUAGUGCCACCAUUCGGACCGAGGGGACCCAUGGGGCCUAUGGGACCAAGGCCACCCUUAGGUGCAAUGGGACCCAGGGGACCUUUACCACCUGGUGCCUUUCCAAUGCGAGGUCCCAUGCCACCCAUUAUCAGGGGUCCACCGCGUGGACCACCCAUAGGACGUGGUCGCUUCCCAUCUCCAAUGCACAUGGGCCCAGAUGGCUCCCCACUGCGGGUACCAGGCAUGUCCCCAGGAAAGCCAUUCUUCUCCCCGGGGCCAAGGUUUGUGGCCCCAGACCCCUACUGGGAAGAGAUUCCAGGCCGAGCACGACCAUUUGAAUAUGGGGAGGAUGACUAUUAUCCCCCAGAGGAUCUGCAUGAAGGUCCAGGCAAGACAGGCGUAACAGAGCGUGGUACACUGUACCGUGAGGAUGCCAGUCCCUCACCGCCUCCAGAACGACGACCAGUGUACUCCCCACCUCCCGUAUACCGGGAAGGCUCGCGUUCACCGCCACUGCGAACUGGAAUUACAGAGCGGGGUACCCUGUACAGAGAGGAUGCCACCCCAUCGCCACCUGUUCCCCAACGCAGGUACAUUGAACGCUCACUGUCACCAGAGUUUGGCGGUAUUGGUGGUAGGUUGAGGCAUCGACUGGAAUCACUCACACCAUCCCCGCCUCCAAUAAUUCAAAGGAAACGCACGAGAAGUGGACGAUCAUUUGAGUCAAUAUCCCCAUCACCGUCGCCACCGCCCCAUCCCACCAUGUCCAGACGCCAGUCUGUGUCACCACCUCCAGUCCGCCACCAGAGAAAUACGCCGCCAGUUCUGAAACGAACUAAAAUCCACACUGCAGCUGGCACCCCGUCACCGCCGUCUUCCGGAGAACUCACGCCAUCUCCCCCGGAUCUACGCAACCUUGGAGGCUCUCCUGGUUCCCCUGUGAGCCCUGGACCACUGGGCCCAGUCUCACCACUCUCUGGCGGGGCCCCAGGCUCUCCCAUUGAUUCGGAUGAGUUCGGUGUUAUUGAGGAAGUCCCAGUGCGGAGGUCCAGCAGGCGUCACAGCAGAAUGGAACUACAGGAGAUGGCGGCUUCUGGCUCGUCCUCUGGUGAUCUCCGCAAUAAAGCAAGGGCUCAGAUGUCCCCUGGAGAUGCUGAAGAAGUGGAUCUAGAAGACUAUCCUGUCCAGACGCGAUCCAGCCGUAAUGCACCGUUGUCACCAGAUUUGAGACCCCGACGAUCAAAGUCAAAAAAGAAAAAAUCUAAACAUUCCAAAAGAAAGUAAAUUCUAUGACAAUAUUUCAUAGAUUUAAGACCCUGUGAAGUUUAAUCAGCAGAUUCUUUUUCAUAUUUAUGUUAUUAUCAGUGCGUGACCAUGCAAUAUAAUGAACUAAAGUGAUUCAGGCUGUAUUCUUGACAGUAGCUUGUAGAGAGUGUCUUAACAGUUUGUUAUGCGUAUAGGGAAAGGUAAACAGUGAAGUUAUUGAAUGUUAAUUUUGUUGUAGAUCAGAGGACAUUUGUAUGAUUAGCCAUGAUAACUUGUGAGUUUUAGGGUGGCAUCAUUCUAACAAUAAAUGCUGUAAAAGUAAAUAA